GUGUAACGUCAGACACCAAGUCUUGAUGCUAGGAGAUGUUGCGUGCAGAUCUGCUUCAAUAACUUCUUCCACACAGCAUGUCGUCGUACGAGGAGCUUCUGGUCAGACACCAGGAGACAUGUUCUUGGACAGCUGCGUAGUUCAGAACGAAGAUGGUGCGUCUCCUAUUUCAGCCGCUUCUCGUCAAAACUCGAAAAUGGCAGGCUCACCAACGGCUGGAUCAUACGGAAGCUCGUCUCAAGGAACCCAACUCGAAAAUGGAAAUACGUUCACUUUUUUCAAUUCUUUCACGAAGACGAAUGUUGGUGACGAAGCGCAGCUUCUACCGGUAAAAGCGACAUCUUCUUCUUCUUCAGGAAGGGUGGAGCAGAUCCAGACAGCAGGCACGGGUCUUGUUCUAUCGAACGCAGUAGCUAGUGGCGCUCCGCGUGUCCGCUUUUUGCGCUUGCCUGAGAGUGUGCCUGUUUUCAUGGUUGAGUCUAUGGAUGAGCUUGAAUGUGGAAUGGAGAAAACUUCAUCUUCAUCAAGUUCCUCACCAGGCCCUAUGAAAUGUCCCUUCGGUCUAGACUGUGAGUGGACACCCGGCGAUCGCACUGGUAUUAGCUUGGCUCAGCUCGCCACUCAACACUGUGUGUUUUUGAUCGACUUUGUUGCUCUCGGUGCAGACACGGGCUUGGAGCUCACAAGGCAAGUACUGUUUCGCUACGCGAGCAAAAUCAUCGCCUUCGGACGAGAAGAUUUUAGAAGAUUGGGAUUGGAUGCUCACGACUCGACUGCAACUUCUAGCGCCGACUUCGAAUUGAUUGAUCUUCAAACCGUGGUGCCAUCAUACGAAUCUGCUUGUCAAGGUCAAGAAGAACUAUCUGAAGGAAUCAAGAGGACCGCCAGCAAUGCCAAAACUUCGCAACCACAAGCUCAGCAACCUCAAUCUGCCUGGAACAGUAUGACGGAGCUCACUGGACGCAUCUUUCGAGGACAUUAUCUGGACAAACGGUUCCAAUGCAGUCCCUGGGGCUUGCUGCCGCGACCUUUGCUACCUGACUACGCGCAUUAUGCUGCGCUCGAUGCCUACUUGUCGCUUGGUGCGUACCACGCAUUGGGAGGGUUUAAAAGGGUGAGUGAAUACUAUGCUGGCACCUCUCGUCCUACUUCAUCCUCCUGUGAACGAGAGGAGCUGAUGAAAAUCGUUUCAGUAGCUGAGCGGAAAGGGAGACAAGACGACGUCGUUGAAAGAAAAACGGACUCGACAUCCCCUACUUCGAGGAAAGAGGAUGCACCAGGUGGAUCCGGGUCCCUUCUCGUGGUCUGCAAAACAGUGCUUUGCGAAAAGGUGGUCGAGGUUCGUGAUCCGUAUUCUUCAGCCAUAAAUGAUGCAUCUGCAACAUCUUCAUCUAGGAUACCUCCACCCAAUCCAAGCAUGGCCAUAGCCUGUGUCCUGCCUGAAAAAAGCGAGAUCAGUUCUGAGUUUCUUGUCGAAAACCAAUUGCGUGUGGUGUCUCCAGUUGAGGUGGCGGCCAAAUACGGUUUCCCCCUUUUUGGCGCGGGCCCGAUCGCACCCCUUACUGCGUUUGGUAAGGUCUAUCUGGAUGAAACGUUGCUGGCGGACCGAAGUGAUGACUGUGGUUCUUCAUGUGAAACCUCAGCGGAAGAUCCUCUUGAUCUCCCUUCUUGUUCUAGAACUAUCUUUGUCGGCGCAGGAUGGCCAGGCGUAGAAGCAGAGUUUAUGUCAGCGAGACGACUACAGAAGUUUCUCCUAGAUAGGAAAGGUAAUAGCACUUCUUCGACUAUGUCAGUUGAUUUUGUUCCUCUCACUGCAACGACGACCCCAAGAAAGAACAGCAGCUCUACACCGAGGAUAUUCAAGUAAUUCAGUUGUUCUUCUCAUUUUUACCCGAUGAAUUUGCUUUUCAUGAUGUUUGCUUCUACAAGAAGCCUUACGCCUAGCGGAUACUAAAUACAGCACUUCUUAGCUUGGC